AAAAAAAAAAAAAAAUCCAAGAAGAAGAAAUCUCAUCUCACAAUAUGGAGCAACCAUCAACAAAGAGUUGGAGCAUCUAUACCCGACCCGAAAUCACAACAAAAUACGAAAUCUUCAACCGUAUCGGUGCCGGAGCAUAUUCCGAUGUAUACAAAGCUCGCCGGAAAUCAGAUUCCGUUACCGUUGCACUUAAAGAAAUACAUGAUUACCAAUCUGCUUUUCGUGAAAUUGAAGCAUUACAAACAUUACAACAUUGUCCAAACGUUGUCGUUUUAUACGAGUAUUUUUGGAGAGAAGAUGAAGAUGCUGUGCUUGUAUUGGAAUAUUUGGAUACGGAUUUAGGGUGUUUGAUUAAAGAAGCGAAGAAUUGGGAAAAUGGGUUGAGUUUUGGUGAGAUUAAAAGAUGGAUGGUUCAGAUUUUAUGUGGGGUUGAUGCUUGUCAUAGGAAUUCUAUUGUACAUAGAGAUUUGAAGCCUCAGAAUUUGUUGAUUUCUAAUGAUGGGAUCCUUAAAUUAGCUGAUUUUGGACAGGCUAGGAUACUACUGGCCCCCGGGUUCGUAGCUAAUGACAAUCAACAGCCAUAUGUACAGAGCACUCCUUAUCAGGCAACUAUGGCCGGUCCAUCACAUUUCAAACACAUCUCAGAUGUGUCUUCUGAAGGAGGUCUAUUUAUUGAAGGGCCUCUGGUUCAAGCAGACCGUCCUGGAGAGUCGGAUGAGUUGAGAUUCAAGUCCUUCGAUGACACUGAUAAAGAUAGUAAUAUUCAAGAUGGGGACACUUCCUGUCUAGCUACAGGCACCAUGAGUAACGUCGAGGAAGAUCUCUUACCGGGUACAUAUUCCUAUGAUGUUGACGAUGGCGAACACGAUUGUUAUCCUCCACUUACGUCCUGUGUCGGAACUCGUUGGUACAGGGCACCUGAGCUACUAUAUGGAUCCACGAAUUACGGGCCGGAGAUUGAUUUGUGGUCACUAGGUUGUAUUUUUGCAGAGGUUUUGCGUUUGGAGCCACUUUUUCCCGGAAAUUCUGACAUAGAUCAACUAGGCAGAAUUUUUAGCGUUCUGGGGAACUUAUCUGAAGAAGUCUGGCCUGGUUGUGCAGAUCUUCCUGAUUACAAGAUAAUUUCAUUCGGUAAAGUAGAUAAACCGACUGGUUUAGAAGCAUGUCUAUCCAACAGGUCGACUGACGAAAUUCUUCUCGUCAAAAAGUUGCUGUGUUUUGACCCAGCUGGUAGAGCUACUGCAAUGGAAUUACUCCAUGACAAGUAUCUGAAUGAAGCUCCUUUGGCGGUCCCAUCGUCUGAACUGAGGAUUCCCUCCAAACAUAGCUCUCAGUAUGAAGAUUCGCCUGAUGAAUUGGGUGGUCGUAGUGAUCUAAACUCUGACUCGGACUUUGAUGAUUUUGGCCCAACGAAAGUUUCGACCACCAAUCAUGGUUUCUCAAUUCAGUUUUCUUGAGCUGGAAAGUCCAUUUUUUUUUCCAGAAUUUGUUUUCUUUUUGCCCAAAAUACCGUGACCUAAACUGUCCUCACAGAAUGGUUGAGUUCCUGCGUGCCAUGGGAUGAUCACGCGAUCGUCUUUUUCUGCAAACUAUCUAUAACUCUGCAGCACUUCAUAUAUUUGUUGGAGGAGAUUCUUCUUAAGGUUUUGCAAGUUGUAACAAUUGUUGCUUCCACUGUUGGAAUAGCAAUAGAGAAACUGAGACAUAUAUAUGUACUAUAAUACUAUAUAUUAUCAUUGUUUAUGUGCUGAAGGAAACUUCUUAGGUUGUGCUACUCUACUUGAAUAAAAUGGUCCCUGUGCUUCAAGGGCAUUCCUUUUCCCAAA